GACGAAAAUGGAAGUAAGCUAGCUGGUUUGGAAGUCGAUCAUGGAGGAGCUUCGGAAUUCACGUGGUUUGUUAAGGUAAUAAAUGUUGAAAAGGAGGUGGAGUGGUGUGAUGUGAUGUGAAAUGAAGUGAUGAGUGAGUAUAAAUAAAGCAGAGAAGAAGCUCGAAGUUGUGGGGAAAAGGGGAAAUGGCGGAAAAGGCGAAUCCAAGGCCGAUGCAGUGCUGUAGAGUGAGAGAGAGAACGCGGUGUAUUCCUUUUUGUUAGGUGAGUUGGAAGUUAUGCUGUUGAAUUGGAAUUCCCAAUUUUUGGUGAAUUUUGAAGCGGAUUAAUGGCGGCUGCGGAAGGUGUGCAGUCCUUCUCGGUUGCGUCCGUGGUGGAGGAUGUUCUGCAACGGUAUGGGAAUCGACCUCGUGGUAUCAAUUUGGAUGCUCGCAUGGAGGACGAAGCAACAAUGAGGCGAUACGAAGCUGCUGCUUGGCUGAGAAAAGUGGUAGGAGUAGUGAAUUCCAAAGAUUUACCGACUGAACCUUCUGAGGACGAAUUUAGGCUUGGUUUAAGAAGUGGAGUGAUUCUCUGCCAUGCACUGAAUAAUAUUCAGCCUGGAUCAGUGGAAAAGGUGGUUGAAAGUCCAUGUAGCUCCUCACUUAUCCCUGAAGGUGCAGCUUUGUCAGCGUAUCUGUACUUUGAGAACGUGAGGAAUUUCCUUGUAGCUGUUGAAGCCAUGGGAUUGCCUAUUUUCGAGGCAUCAGAUCUUGAGCGGGGAGGAAAAUCUUCAAGGAUGGUUAAUUGCGUCUUGUCGCUUAAAUCCUUCAAUGAAAAGAGGCAGGCGGGAGUAACUGAAGGUUGGAAAUCAUGUGGAAAUGUUAAAACCACGACAACCGGAAAACAAUCUGUUCGCAAAGUUUCUGAGCCUUUCGCAUGUACUUUUUCAAGAAGUGUGCCUGUGAUUGAGAAAUCCCUAAAUGGUGUAACUCCGGAUAAAGAUUUCGACAAAAUGCCGAGUUCUUCCUUGAGCACGCUUGUACAGACAAUUCUAUUAGAUAAGAAACCAGACGAAAUCCCAAAGAUUGUAGAGUCUGUAUUGAGUUCGUUCGUGAAGGAAUUUGAGCAUCAGAUGGCAAGUCAAAACGAAUCGAAGAAAGUUGCCGCUACGAACUCUGGUACAUUUCAUGCUAACAUAUCUGAAUCGGAUCAUUCUUUACCUGCUGUACAGAUUGAACAACCGAAUGCUGCAAUACCAAACAGUAAUUAUACAUUACAGAAAAAUAAGACUUACGACAAAUCCGAAGAAAGUAGAUUACUGAAGCAACAAAUGGUUUUUGAUCAGCAGCAAAGAGAUAUUAAGGUACUGAAGGAUAUGCUUUCUGCUACAAAAGCUGGUAUUCAUUUUAUCCAAAUGAAGUUUCAUGAAGACAUUCACAAUAUUGGCCUCCAAAUUCAUGGACUAGCUCAUGCUGCUUCGUGUUAUCAUAGAGUUCUUGAGGAAAAUCGGAAGCUUUAUAAUCAAGUCCAAGACUUAAAAGGAAGCAUUAGAGUUUACUGUCGUGUGAGGCCAUUCUUACCCGGGAAAGGUAGUCGUAUGAGUACUGUCGACCAUUUUGAGGAGGGAACUAUAGCAAUAAACACUCCGGGGAAGAAUGCAAAAGCACGGAAGUGCUCCUUCAACUUCGACAAAGUAUUUGGGCCUUCGGCAACUCAAGAGGAGGUAUAUUCGGACAUUCAACCCUUGAUAAGAUCAGUCCUGGAUGGUUACAAUGUUUGCAUUUUCGCUUAUGGCCAAACAGGAUCCGGAAAGACUUACACCAUGAGUGGCCCUAAAGAACUCACAGAAAACAGUGAAGGAGUGAAUUACAGGGCUCUAAGUGAUCUGUUUUUCCUCGCCGAGCAAAGAAAGGACACUUUCACCUAUGAUGUGUCUGUUCAGAUGAUUGAGAUCUACAAUGAGCAAGUUAGGGAUCUUCUUGUCACUGAUGGCCUAUGCAGAAAAUUAGAAAUCAAAAGCUGCUCUCAAACAGGACUUAGUGUACCCGAUGCAAAUUUGGUGCGCGUCUCGACAACAUCUGAUGUAAUUGAUCUAAUGAACCUUGGACUAAGGAACCGUGCGGUGGGUACAACAUCACUCAAUGAUCACAGCAGUCGCUCUCACAGUUGCUUGACAGUUCAUGUCCAAGGAAGGGAUUUAACUUCUGGAAAUAUCCUCCGAGGAUGCAUGCACCUAGUUGAUUUGGCUGGAAGUGAGAGAGUCGACAAAUCAGAAGUAACUGGCGAUAGACUGAAAGAAGCUCAGCAUAUUAACAAAUCUCUAUCUGCAUUGGGUGAUGUUAUAUCCUCUCUUACACAGAAGAACUCACAUGUCCCUUACAGAAACAGCAAACUCACACAACUACUGCACGAUUCACUUGGGGGCCAAGCAAAGACACUGAUGUUUGUCCACAUAAGCCCCGAGCCCGAUUCCAUUGGAGAGACAAUCAGCACCCUCAAAUUUGCUGAGCGUGUCGCUACUGUCGAGCUUGGCGCCGCAAGAGUGAACAAGGACUCGCCAGAUGUUGGUGAGCUCAAAGAACAGAUUGCUAGUCUUAAGGCUGCAUUAGCUCGGAUAGACGGAGAACAAGCGGCCACACUGGCGAAAAACCUUCCCCAAUCUCAACCUGCUAGAAAUGGCUUCCCCUCACUAGAUGAUGAACUGAGGAAACCAAUGGAAGAUGUAGGAAACAUAGAGGUCUGCAGCAGCAAUUCUUCAUCGUUGCCAAAGAAAUCAAACUUUGAUCUAGUCGAGCUAUUUUCCAGAUCUCCUACGUGGCCACCUGUCACCCCGAUCAAUGAAAAUGACAAUGAAGAUGAUGAUGAUUAUAGAGAAGUGGCCUCAGGAGAAGACUGGGUAGACAAGCUCAUGGUUAACAAGCAAGAUCCCGGUGGAGUUGAAAAUCAGCUGUGCUUUCGCAAUCCUAACAACAACAAAAACUCUGAAGUCUUUAACCAGAGACAUCAGAGAUGUUUGUCCGAAUCUUGGAAGCAUCACUCUGAGAUUCCACACAUUCUAUAUUCUGCAAAUACUCAAUUCGAUGGCAGUCCUGCUGAAAUGGUGGAUCACCUUGAUACUGGAGUGAGUUCAUCCGGACCAGGUUUGCUUAAUCAAGCCAGCCAUUGGGUAUUGGGUAAUAAAAUCGCGAAACGUCCUGCGAAACAGACAAGAAUCCCUGAUCUCAGGACAUUGAGUUCGAAAUCAGGCGCGAUACAUUUGGCGAAAGCCGUCAGGGUGAGCCGUGAGAAUGGAAGACAAAAUGUUGAAGUGAAGCAUGAAGGAAAGAUCAGAAAGCAGAAGUAUCAUCCAGGGAUGAUUUCUUAAUGCAUUUUGUAUUGUUUAUCUUGUGUUUUGUUUUGGGUGAAAUUGAAUGCUGGUUGAUGUUUGUGUUUUGAAUAUUUGAAAGAUUUUGAAUGAAAAUAUAUACAUGUAAUGAUGAGAGUUUGUUUUGGUCACAUGUACAUUGUGUUAUGGAAGUAACUGUUCUAUGGAAUCGAUCAAUAUUUUGGA